GCGAACCAUUCGCGCGGCGGCUUCGCCCCCCCUGUAACGUGUAACGCGUCGUGGCGUAAACCGGCUCCCGAAAAGUUUCCUCAAACUUGUAGCACAUCACUUGAAUACAAACUAAAUUAAAAAAUAAAAACCAGCUACAGUGCGGUGAUUUUCAGUGAAUAAAAAUUGUUAAGAGUGCAUAUGUGAAGUGUUUGUAAUUGUUUUUUUUUUUGCAAUCUCAAUUUACCGUUUCAAUUGAACGUUACUGUUUUGCUCAACAAAAAGCGAGUAAUAGCAUGUCGUGAACGCAAGAGAGGGCCGUAUAUGGUUAAGUUGAUUCUUCGGUCUGGCGUCCAUCGGUGAAAGUAGACCUUUGUUGAGUUCAUAAGGACACGGGCCGAUUGCAACCAGCUCGAAACGACGCGUUUCACGUAUACUUGCGAGAGGAAGGUCGCGCGCCGGUAACCAUGGCUGCCGGCGUGGAAACAACCCCCUGAACCCGCCGUGCGGGCGGAUGUCGGGCGGAGGCGGCGCGGGGCUGAUGUCGUGCGUGCGCGAGGGCUCGCUCGAGCCGCCCUACCGACCGCCGCACGCCGACUCCAACACCCAUGGCGAAGGGCGCACCGGUCGGUUCCUGCGCGGGCUGCGGCGCAUGUUCCGGCGGCGCGCGCGCGACUCCUCGCCCGACCACAAGAGCAGCUCCACCAGCGAGCUGCUGGACGCUGAGCGACACGCCAGGAGAAAAGAGGGCGCUUACGGCAGCGGCUUGUCGGUGUCGCACGACUCCGUGUUCACGGGCGAGCGCUCGGGCGACGAGUCGAGCGACGAGCGGCCCACGCCGGCGCACGGGCUCGCGCACGUCGCUACAUCGCAUCGAGCGGAGCUAGUGGCGGCGGUGCGGCGGCGCGGGCGCGGCGACAGCGACGACGACGAGGACCUGGGCCUGCCUCGGAGUCCGCCGGCCUCCCCGCCCACCGACAAGGCUGAUAAGCGUCACCAUGCCGGCAUAUCGCAGUCGUCGUGCAGCGACGGCUCGCUGCUCAGCGUGGGCUCGUCCGAGAUGGACGAGGACAGCUGCAGCAGCCAGCAGCAGGACCAGUCGCGCAGUGACCACUCCGACGUAUACAAUUCUUCCGAGCCGCCGCCCGGCGUGGCGCCACUGUCGCACUCGGCCGCGCGCCACAAGAUGGCGGUGCGCCCGCGCCGCACGCACGGCGCGCCCCGCCGGAAGAAAGCCAACCCUAUUGCCGCGUCAGCCUUGCCGAUAACUCCCGAGCUGAACGAAGAAAUGAUACGAAGCACUACUCCUGAAGUCGCUUUUAAAACCUCAGAAGUCGUUACUGAAUCAUUCUCUUCAUCGACCACUACGAAGCACCAUAUGAUCGUCAAAGAGCAACAACAUCACCAACUUAACCGAGAGUUGCAGAAAGUUCUCGACACUCCUAGCGACACCAAACUGAAGUCCUCUUCGCUGCCCCCUGGACUAGCGCUGAACCAGCUCGUCGGGCAGUCUCCGGCGAAACUGAGUAUUGCGGAGUCCAACACACCCAGAUCUUCCAUCAAAAGGAGCAAGUCAAGCACUCAGGAUCAACCACUCAGGGAAAGUUCGCCGAAAAUACAAACAGUCGAAGCUCAUACUUACCAGUCUGAAGAAAGGAUUUCAAAGUGUCGCACUGACAAGAAGUAUGCCGAAGAAUCUUGCCUCGAAAAGAAAUCUAAGUCAGAAAAGAAACUCGAGAACGAAGUCAUAAGGUCUUCAAAGAAAGAGGAAUCGUUUUUCAGUAGGCUACUGCUGAGGAAGAGUGGUAAAAAAUCAAAGAAGGAUCAGCCGGACGGAGAUGGUCUGCAAGAUGUGAAGAAAACGAAAAUGGAGAAAUCUACAGCUCAGUACAAGUCUGUAGAUACAGAGAGAAAUUCUGGAUUUUAUUACACAGAACAAAGUCAAGGUUACAAGCCUGUCCCCGCUGAGCGCUCGUACAAAUCUGCCGGCCAGAAAGUCUUCGCAAAUCAAAUGCACAAGAGAAUAGAUAACAAGGGUGCUUACGUUCACGACGGAGCAUACAAAGACGUGUACAGUGCUGCCAAAGUUGCCGGUGUCGAAUAUAGCAUUACUGAUCUCAAAGUUGCCGAAGAAACCGAUAAAAUGUUGAAUUUGGAAAUGAAAAAUAGAUAUAGUAGACGCGAUGAAUAUAGUGAAAGAGUUGAAAAAGCCAAACGUUCCUCGUCUAGGGAAGCUAUUGAUGAACACAAGAGAGAAUCGUUUAGCCUGCAUCAUGACAAAUCGAAAAGACCUGCUUCUGUUCAAAGGUUAAUUGAUCCGUUCUCAACGAAAGCAUUUUUAGUUAACGAGUUAGCAAGCAGAGCUCAGGAAGAAAGUUUGUCACCCACUUUCGAAGCUUCUGAUGAAGAACCUCCCGUAAGAGGAAUGAGAAUCAAAAGCGUAAAUAACGACUACGUCUUCCACAGCGGAAGCAUGCCUAAAAAUAUUCCUUACUUCAAUCCAAGCGUUAUGAUAUCAUCAUCUCCUACCAGGAAUAUAACUCACAGCUCAGAAAAUAUGAAAUAUAUGAGUAGAUCAUCAGAUGCAUCCGAUUUUAGGGAAAAAGAAAUCGUGGCUAAACGUGAUACAAUACAUCACAUUGGUAAAACAGAGGAAUCUUAUGUGACAUCGGGUCUGAGAUCUCUAGGAGAAGAGUAUGUGGAAACAAGAAACAGUAUAGGCAAAUCACACAGCUUUCGAUAUGCGUCUGAGUCACCAUCUAUUAGCUCACAAGAAAAUCAGAUGCCUAGUCUUCCAGCAAUUGUGGGCAUUUCAGAACCUUUACUUGAAAGCUGGGAAGUGAAUUAUCGAAGAAACGUAAGUGAAAGACACGAUUAUUCCAAAAGAGUGUCUGCUAGAAACUAUGGAUUACUACAAGGUAGUUCUGAAGCAAAUUACGACAGCUUGCCAAGCACUGAUAGCAGUUACCUUGACAGCCUAAAGCCAGAUCUUUGUGAAGAGAGAAAGCUGUUUACUAACAGCAUUCAAAUCACAAUGGACACACAUAAACGCGAUAGUGACAUUUCUCAGAUAGAGGCUAAAAUUGAUGAUAUUAUUAGUUCACCUAAACCUAUUAUAUCUCCAAUACUCAAAUCUAGUUCUUUAGACAGCGUUAAAAGUACUCCGGAAAAACCUAUAGAUGAUAGGCGUAAAACCAUAUCUGUUGAAAGUGCUUUGGGACAAUCAAAAGCUGAUCUUCAGAAAGACAAGGUAGAUACCGAAAGCUUCAUAUCAGUUACACACGUAAACAAAGAACAAACACCCAUUGCUACUAAAGCUAAAGAAUCCCUUAAAACAAGUAAAAGUGAUGAAAAAAUUCAGAAAUCAGGUACCACUAAGCCAGGUGUACCAGAAUUUUUAAACAUACAGCUAAACAAAGUGGAUUCGAAGCCUGUUACAAAUGUGGUUCUGACUGCUAAUGUAACCCCCAAGAAAACUGAUAGUCACCAAGCCGAAAAGGACGAAAAUGUUGAGUGUUUUCUCGUAACAGAAACGAAGGCUACACAAAACAUGCCAACCAGAAAGGACUCUUUCAAAAAAACUGACGCAAUUGAUAGUAAUGAAACUGAAGAAAAAAUAUCGGUUGUAACCACAAAAACUGCAACACCUAACGUAGGCAAUAUCACUCCACAAAGUCCUUCAACACCAAAACAUUUUUUCAAAAAGAAAUCGUUUAGUGUCGAUUCUCAUGACCGGCCUGAUAAAUCUAGAACUAGCUCUGUCAGUACAGAAGGCAGUACAGAGAAAAUCGAUGACAACAUAUCCAUUGAUCAAAAGUCACGCUCCAGUUUUGGGAGUAAAAGCUCAAUCCAAAGCACCGACAGCAAUGAAAAUAGAACCCCUGACAGACAAGAGGAAGCAGUUAUUUAUAGGAAAAAGCCAAUAAUCGGCAAAGAAUCUCGAGGCGAAAGAAAGAAUGACGAUGAGCCUGAACUGAUGAAAGUUUUUGCUAGACGAUCACUGAAGCUCAAAGAUUCGGAAGCCGACCAUAUAGCUCAGGAAAUAGCUGAAGCCAACGCAAUAGCAGCGAGAUCAAAGCUAUUAAAAAAUGAGUUUAACGCAUCUAUUAAAUCCAGAGAUAGUGAUAAAGAAAACGAAGAAGUUAAAGAACAGAGCCCUGAGAACAAAUUAGUCGACAUCGCAGCAAGAGUCAGUCAGUUCGGAGUUCAUUACCAAAGGAGUGUAAGCAUCAACAGUGUCAGUACUAAACGGGACAGUGCACCGGUGUACAGAAACGAUGUAAAUAAAUAUAAGAAAGAAGUAUCAGAUUCUACACCUGAAAAGAGAUUAAGGAAUAGAACAUUCCCAGACUCAUCCAAUGGUAGAGAAGAUAUUAAGAGCAUAACAAAAAGUGAAGCGAUGGCUUUUAAGGCGGACACUUUAACCAAACGGCCGUGGCAGAAAAGGGAUGAUUUUAGACAAUCGUUGGAAAAGGAAAAGCGCGAAAGUACUGUGAUACAAAAGGAUAGUGACAAUGAAAAGAUUGAGAUUGCGAUGGAGAAAGCCAUUGAAGAGGCCGAUGCAUCGCCUCAGUUUAAGGGGAUCUUGCAAAUGAGAGCGGAAUGGGAGAGGCGCGCGAAACAGGGGAUGACCAAAUAAAAAAGGUGCUAAGUGUUACGCUAUCACGUAGUUUCAAUUAAGUUGUGGUUUAUAUAUAAAACACAUAUUUAGGUGAUAAGAACAAAUAAGUUCUAUUCUAAAUUGACAUUGUAAUAUUAAUAAACUAAGAGUUAGUGAACUAUUUGAUAUCCUUUUGUUAAACAUUUUGUGCCAAAUUAACACCAAGAUUAGUAUGAAACGGAAGCAAAUUAUAGCCCAAACUCUAAAUGAAAUGGUUCAAAUAAAAUAAAAUUAAAUUGAUUCAGGAAUGCUUCUAAACAAGCUUCUGAUAACUCAAAUCUGUCACUAACUAGUAAUGGCGUGGAAGAAAAACCAGCAUUUUUAAUAAUUAAAUCUUUUAAUAUGUUCUAAUAGUACACAUUUUAAAAUAAGUAUAGUAAAUAGUAACACUAAACCCGAUUGAAUAUUCUUGUAUGUAGUUCACUAGCUUUUAAUAAAGUAUCUUAAGGCUCGCUACACACUGUAUCGGAUUCGAAUAAAAAAUGCGAUCAAGCCCUUGAAAAUUUAUGAAAAAAAAAAGUGCUUUGACUACAUCAGAUAGAGAAUACUCGAAUUUUGAUAUAGUGUGUAAAGAGCCUAAUGUUGUAUUAAAAAAAAAGUUGCUUGAUGCAAUAUUAUAUUAUUGUUGGAAAAUAGAAUGAUGAAAUUAAAAUCUAUUGUCAUAGAAAGAAUUGAAUCAAUAUUAUGAAAUGUAGAAUUAGUAUUAGAAAAUGUUUUUUCUAAAGGUUGCAUUUAUCACAGAAUUUUCUGUGGAUAUCAUUUUUUGGGCUUAGCCUUUGACGAGUGACUUUCAUUUAUUUUGAAAAUAACACAAUAAAUGUAGAAUUAAAUGCGCCUAAACUGGACGGAGAAAUUUAAAUGUAAGCAAACAUUUAGUAAGGAAAAUAUGCAUUUUUGGGUGUGUACCCUCUCGCAAAUGCAUUUUGUUCUUAAUUCUAAAAUAUAUAAAUAUCAAAGCAAAAGAAUAAUAACAUUAUCAACUGAAUAGCAAUAUCUUGAAAAAAUGCAUUUUUUGGGUGUAAUCAUCCUCGCAAGUGCAUUUUGUUCUUAAUUUUAAAAUAGACAAAGGUAAAAAAAUAAUUUAACAUCAAAUUUUAUAGCAAUUUCUUGGUCCAGUUUAUUUAAAAAAAAUAAACUAAAACUGCAUGUUCAUUUUAAAUGAAGUGUUAGAUUAAAUUAAAUGAAGUAAUACAUUAAAUAAUAAUAAUUAAUAGAGAAAAAUAAAUGAAGGUAUAUUUUCAUAAUCCCACAAUAAGGAUAUUGCUGUAUACAUAUUAUGCGUAAUAAAAGUAAUAUAGGUUCAUUUAAUAGUAUUAAAUAAAAUUUCAAAAUAUUCUCAGAAUAACGUUAUAUAUAUAUAAAUAUCUAAGUAUAGCUAACAUGCGUUGUUAAAACAAGUGUAUUUUUGAGUGUUAUUGCAAUGGUAUAGCAAUAGUUAUAUUUUAUUAAAGACUACAUUAUGUAUUAAACAUUUCUGAACUGUGAAAUACAAAUUUUAUUGCUAUAGUUUCA